CGCCAGUUGCAAUUGCUCCAUCGUGUGGUGAGGAUGUUAGUGCUGAGCUCAACAAUAGCUCUUCUGCCGAUGCCAAAGAAAGCGGAAAUAAUUCAACAGGCAACAGUUCACUAUCGUUAGUAAAUAGUGACAAUUCUCUGGAGUGUUGGUGCAGUGAUGAUAGCACUUGCGUCGCUAUGCCUUGUAAAUCUUCUGGUAUUCCCGUGUACCAAAAACGGACUCAAAACGAAAAUAAAACGUCUAUCGUAACUCCAGAAAAAAAUAAUGGGGGUAUUAGAUCAAAGCCGACCACGAAAUGCACACAUUUUCCUAGUAACAAUGUGCCUUCCAAACGAACGUCCAGCAGUAAAAUCUCUAAUCGAGAUGCUAGCCUAUGUGAGCAGGCCAAUCCUGGCAACGGUGGCAAUAAAUUAUUCAAGUCAGAAACCUCGGUUGAACAGAAAAAUGUCCAAACUUCAAAAGCGGUGGCAUUGCCACACCCACAUAUGCGAACUCCGAAACCCACAGGAACUGCCACAUUUCCUAAACCUACCACUCGGAACGGACGUAUAUCAAUUAACGCCCUCCGUUCAGCCGAUGACCGUAGCAAGCCCAAGACAAGCGCUUCAGUGAGACCAACGGCUCGUAGGCUCAAGAACCUUGACCCUGUCUCGAGCGAUCGUCAUCAGGUGCAGGAUCGUUCAAGAUCCAGGGAUGGAGCUCCAUACGCGGACUACAUGAACUCAUCCGCGAGUCAUGUUGAAAACCUUGGUGAUGACUCGCUAUUUGCCAACAGUAAUGACAGCGUUAGUCGAACUUGCACGAUGUCUACGAUAUCGGUCAUCGUUAGUGAAUCGAAAUCAUCGUUAGGGAACGAAGAGUUGUCACUCGAAAAAAGUGAAGCCCUGGCAUCUCCACUGAAUCGCAUGAAAUGGAGGACAAGAAGUGGCCCAAUUCGAAACAAGUCUCCAUCAUCGCCCGCUCCUAUUAGACGUGACGUGUCGAUUUCAUCCCUGCGAUCGUCGUUGCCUCUUCGACCCAUGGUGGCCAAAUCGGAAGAGACACUCAGGGUGCCGACUGCGGUUCCUCUAACUAUGACCCAGCCCUUGACCGGGAAAGUGUCUCCUUCAAAAAGCACGCUGCCGGCUAGAAGUGCAUUGCGAGGUAGCAUAGUAAACAAGGUUAUGGUUGGAGAUACGCGCGUUAAAGGCAAAGGUAAAACAGAAAUUAAAAAGUGUGUUCAUGAAGCCGAAACUAAACCGACAAUUGUUCCAGGAACUCGUAGUGUCCCCUGUGCAAGAUUAAAAUCUUCAAAUCGAAACCGGCUGGAAAAUUCCAGCUCGGAGCAAGUUUCAUCAGAAACAAGUAGCUUGCUUUCAGUUGACGAAUCUUCAAAUAGAAUUGUUUUCAAGUCUCUUGUAAAUCAUAAAUCUGACAAAAAUAGAAAAAAUAUUCAUGCAUACGAAAGUCAUAAGAAGCGAAGCAGGAAGAUUGUAACUCCCGGGAUCGAAGUUUCGACUGACGAAGAAGAAACGGAUGAAUCCAUGUGUGAUGGAAUUAUUCCGACUGUUUUCAAGGUUUCUACAAUUGAUAAGAUUUCCUCGCGCAGCUCAAUAAAAACCAUACGAGGCACCACGCAUCGAAAGCAUGAAGUUUUAUCGAAUAAUGCCGAAAAUUUGACCAGUCUUGCUUCACCCAAGAGUAUCUCACAACCCAUUCCGUUAAUUACCAACUCCGAAGAAAUUUCUAUCAUUGUCAAAGACGCUGAAAAUAGUGAUUUGAGCAUCAAAAUGUCAGAAAAAAUACCACUCGCCACAAAGCUGGGAAGUAAUAAAUUAAAACCCAAAAUAGAGCGGACGACCAGCCUUAGAGCUACCAAAGAUCAAAGUUCGCCUCGUAAAAAUCAAGCAUUAGAAUCUAACAUUAUUUUGAGUUCUCGGCCUACUAGCGCAUCUUCCCUUCGAAUUAAAAAAUUAAAAAGCAAUCCCACAUCUUCGUCAUCAAUUACGACUCCUGUCGCACCAUCGCGUGGCACUCAAAAACCAGAACAGGCGCUAGACAAAUCAUUAACACGUAAUAAACUGAACUCCAGAUCUUGUAUUAAAAAAUUUUCUCCGAAGGAAUUGCGUGAAGAUGGAAAAAUUACGAAUGAAAAGAGGACUGCAAGACAAGGAACCGUAGAGAUGUGUGAGAAAGAAACUGCUCCAAGAAGUAGUCGCCUCACGAGCGGCGAAAACGCGCAGGUGAAAGCCAAUGCUUCUCCCGCUCGCCGUUCAACACCUGGCAUUUCUGUGUCCUGCAAGUCCGGCAUAGCGGCCAGAAAAAUUCUCCCAGAUCAAACAAAGGAGGAACAAUCAACGCUGCACAAGGCUGAAGAAAAGACAAAUGACUUGAUUGCCACCUCGUUAGAGGAUAUUAAAGAGUACACUCUUGAAGAAAAUAUCGAGGUAGCAUCACCACGAAUUUUAGGCAACCCUAGAUUAUCUUUCAAAAGUGAAAACAGACAAAGCCUCUCUGAUACUUUCGCUUCUAGCUCGAUAUCUAAUACUUGCAUGCCAUCGCCUGAAAUUAAUGUUCUCAUAACCAGUAAAACCAGUCCAGGUUCUACCGAGACUCGCGCCUUGCAAAAAAUGCUCAGCGAAAAUGAGGCUGGAGCUGCAAGGAGUUCACCGGUGCCUGAACCGCCCGUGGCUUCGACCAGACUAUCAGGCGAUACUGUUCCCUCCGCAAACACCGAUAAACUUCUACGUGUGAAAAACAAUGAUUUAGAUGAUAGCCUGCAAGAUGGUUCUGUAUCGGAUGACGAGGAAACGAGAGGCUCUAAUACCAGCAGGAAUAGCUCACCCAAGUCAAUUGAUUUCACCAAGAGCCUGUUGGCAAGUCCAAAGAGACUUUCAGUCGAUUUACCGCCCUGGACUGCGAUGAAAAAUAACACAAUUGUUCAUGUAACUGGUGAUGAUGACUGUGAAGUUCAAAACGGUCGGGUGACAGUUCGUGUAAACAGUGAGCCAUAUGUCAGUGGGGUUGGUUAUUCAGUAAACAACAGCGUCCAGUUUGAUAACAAUUUCAGUGAGUCAGAUUCUACUGAGCUUAAGCUUGAAAAAACAUCUUCUGAAUCAAGAAUUGAAGUUGAAUCGUGGAAAAAUAAUUUAAUGGCAAAAGAUCUUGCAAACACGAAAGCCGUUGAAGAAGAUAGAAGUGAAGCAACGGUUGUGGUAAAUCUUGAAAGCGAAAUAUCCAAGGGAGUCAACGAACCAUGUAUUUUACCACACAUCAAUAAAUUGGUUUUGUUCACUGAGGCGGCAAACCAACAUCCCGACAUUUUGGCUUCGGAUAUUUUGCUGAAAUCUAGUAGGCGGUCGUUAACUCGCAUCUGUGCAGAAGAAUAUUUGGCGAGCGACGAAAAUAUCAACCGGAUGGACACACGGUCAGAAUCCUCUAACGCCCUAGUGGCACGUGAUGAACCUCACGAUUUUCGUGCUCAAUUUUUCUCGAACGGUUUGGGACUGGGAGAUGAGUCGUCCCGAAAAAUCACGGCUGAAAGGUUUAAAAAUACUAUAAGCAAAAGUCGGGAGCUCCUAACGCAACUUGAAUUGGAACAUCGUCGAUUGAAGGGCGAGUCUGAGCUACCAAAUACGUGGCUUGAACGUGACCUCGGAGAGUGUCGGAGCGUAGAACUGAUGAUCAAAACUUAUUCGGAUGAUACUUCUGUAUCAAAAUUUUAUAAUGAACAGAUCAUUUCUACUGGGAAUCGGAUAAGAAGAACUGAAAUGAAAGAAAAUCAGGUUCUUGACUGGCGACCUCCCCGAAAAGAUACUCAUCGUUCCGGGAGUGAGUCGCAGCGCAAACUCACUUCAGACGGACGGCAUUUAUUCCAAUUUUUACACAAGCGAACGAAGAAUGCAACGAAUUACCGCAUGAGUGAGAGACACACGCAGUCUCUGCGUGAAGGUUCCCACUAUUCUCGCCGAAGUGCCGUGGAGCUUGAACUGCAGCCUGACCGGGGGCGGUCUUCGUCCACCUCCACGGAAAACCGGGACUUCCUCGAGCGAGAAGAAGAAGCUGUGUGCAUCAUGCAGCAACGCUCCCUGUCGCUUCCGAAGACAUUUUUGGCGGACAAAUAUGGCCUGAGUGGCUUCAAAGCAGCUUUGCCAAGUGUAAUUUUCCCGUGGCGUCGAAGUGAUCAGUCACGGGAGCGGGAACUCGCCCCCGCGGGUUGCCCCGCAUAUGAAGACCCCAGCCAACCCUCUGCUGCAGCUAACGCAGACCCUCAUCAGGACGGAUCUUCCCACGUGGCAAUCACUUCCGACAGCCGUAACUCUGCAGCGUCGAACCGCCACUACGAAAACUGCCCUGGGUCCGAAGAUCAAAUAACUUCUCUGCUGUUGGAAAAGCGCAACUUGUACAACAUCAACAGAGACACGGUGGAUGUCAACAGCUGUAGUAUCAACAACAACAAAUAUGAAGAGAAGAGAAACGUGGCUAAACAAGAUGCCAAGACGUGUCAUCGGGAAGGGCGGAGACGCUCCAGCAAAGAUGGAGGCGUGCAGAACAAUAGCAAAAGAAACGUAUCGAACUCCCCUGUGUACACGAGACCGUCUCGAGCUGGCGUCGUCUGCGACACAUCCUGCGAGGCUGGAGGCGAGUACACAGCAGCGGAGGCGGGCUACGAGCUCAGGCAGCGACCCGUGAUACAAGACUCAUAUCACCGCCACUCUUCUGAUCACAACAAUCGUCACAACGAUACUAAUUGCGACUACUCUAGUCGUUAUACUCAACACAUAUCUGGAAAUGGUAUACGAUAUUCCAAUCGCUCCUCUGAAACUACUAGCCAAAUCUUCAACAAUCCCGAAAACUCCGGCCAACUAACCGAUAAUUUAUCAGAUGGUAGCUAUAAGUACACGGGUAAAAACUCCGAUGACACAAGUCGAUAUUCCGUUAGUGGCAGCACACGGUAUCCUAGCAGCAACAUCUCCUACAACUCCUCCCAAUAUCCCAACACCAACACCCACAACCACACUCCUUCUAAUAAAUCUAUAGGAACCCAGUGGCCUCCUGGUGGUGGAUUAGAAUUCAACUCCAACGUGGAGUACCUGGACUUCAACGAACAAAAUUUACAGAAUAGCAGCUCUAGCAGAAAUAACGACAAGCGCUAUAGUGUCCAGCGGGAGUUCAGCGAAGCAGAAGUUCAAUGCGUACACAACAGCGCCGAGUUUCUCGACGAUACCCUCGUAGAAAACCGGCUCGACAAUCAAGCUCUUAUUGAGACUAGCGCUGGAAAGUCUGACCAGUCUGCUGAUGUUUGCGGCCAUCAGUCGUUACCUCACAUGACGCAGCUUCAGCUGCAGCAACAUCUGCAGCAGCGAGCGCUCACCGAAUCCGCCGCUCCCAACAACGGAAUGUUCCAGAAGUUCAAAAAGUCCUUAUCGCUGCGCCUGAACAAAAAGUCAAGCAGUCGAAGUGAGUCUCCGACAGAGGGCCCUAACAACAACAACAAUUGUAACAAUACCUACACCAACUGUCAUGGCGGCGAGCAGGCAACCACCACCAUGGUGGGUCAUGUUGACCCACCCGCGACGCUGCCACGGCGACGAGGCGUCAAGGAGGACGACGCCAAGCAAGUCUACCUGUUCGGGCAGCCAGUGUUCCGGUCAAGCAAGGACAGACGCAAGGCGAGGCUGCGUGAUGCCCGCGCUUCCAAAUGCAGCUCUGGAGACUCCGGCGACUCCGGUAUAGAGAUUGCCGGAAAUGGAGGACUGAAUAAUUACUCGGAAUAUUUAGCGGAGACCGCCACCUCCGUCUUCCAUGUGAGCGUAAACGAUCAUUGCAGUGCUGACGAGCGACCAGUUAAUGCUGAUGAUGGCAGCUGUCGUAUCUCAAUCCCAUGCGACUGCGUUGACGACACCACGACCUCGACUUCAUCCUGCACACACGACCAGCCGUGUACCUGCAGCGUAUCGUGUUCCUGCACUAACGGCGCCCCCGCACUAGGAAGCAAUAGUCGCCAGUCCUUGGCGAGCACAAGCAGCACUACCAUCUCUUCUUCUCUUGAUAGUUCCAAUACAUCAGUGACUACUAUCAGCUAUGGCGGGCCCUCUCAUCCUUCCCUUACCUCCUGUGGCUCUGAUGGCGCCCAAUGUUUUACUAACCACAGGGGUAACUCUUGCUCCGCCUGUGGUGGCAUCAAUAGGAACAGUUUCCACACCACUCAGUUGUGUUCACAUCCGACCAGUUCCGCUCCUUCUAAAAUCCGGCGAUGUCAGAGUGACGCCGCUUCUUCCAUAAAUAACCUUAGCAAUGUUGGUCGGGUUGGUCGGGCUGGUCAUGAUAGAUACACUUGUGACAAGACAUGUGUCAGAGACCCCUCGGGUGGCAGGACGUCUGUCAGAGACACAUCGGGCAGUAGGGGAACUAGAGGUGGCAGCAGUCGGGCACAUCUCAGCGCUGGCGGUAAAGCCGUCACUGACGCCAGUGGAGUUCGUCGGUCGGAACGACGAUCCGAAGAUGAAACAUCACAACGCAACAAAAGCCUAAAACGCAGUCAAGGGUCGACGCACCUGCGUCGGUCCGUGAGUCAGCCCCUGGACCUGAACAAGUCACCCGUCGAGGGCGGCGCUGCGGUGUCGCUAAGAGUUACCAGCAGACCAACCUGUGGGGCAGCCGCGUUCCUGCAUGUCUACCCACAUAAGCGACCUCAGCGCCGGCCGAGCACCGGCAACCUGCUCAGCGAUGACCACACGUCAGAAGAAGAGCUGCUGCCCUCCGACACUGAGGAGGCCAGGAAGGAGCGGGCCUUUGAUGAGUCGUGCAGUGUGGUGUACGCUGAAGCGCUGUGGGACCACGUGACCAUGGACAGCGAGGAGCUCAUGUUCAGAGCUGGCGAGCUCAUCUCAGUGGUGGACCGCUCCGACCACGACUGGUGGUGGGGCCGCAUCGGUACCCGCGCUGGGUGGUUCCCUGUCGCUUUUGUUAGGUUACUUGUGAACCAGCAAGAACAUCUGGCGUCGUCACUGGAUCUGCAGACAUCUUGCAGCAGGGACAGUUUAGCGGCGCCCGUCAGUCAUGCCGGACCUGAAGAUAAGUUGCUGGACACGACGAUAACGAACAGCGAUGCGGUGGGCGGUAAAGUGGAUGCCUACAGCGAUGAAAUGGUCGCCAGUAGAGGAGGAUAUUGUCGUGCAACGUCACAGUACAGUAACGGCACGACGCCACGCAAGGCCAGCGCGUCGGGGCCCACGCACGACCAGAUCAGAGCUAACGUCAUCAAGGAGAUUAUCACCACAGAGAGAGACUUUGUUAAGCACCUCAGAGAUGUGGUCGAAGGUUACCUAAAGCAGGCCCGCAGGCGCCCCGACAUGUUCUCCACGGCUCGGAUUAGCGCCAUAUUCGGCAACAUGGAGGAGCUGUACGCCUUCCAGACGCGCUUCCUGGCUGAUCUUGAGGGCUGCAUUGACUGGGACAACCUGCACACGUCCUGCGUCGGCGAGGCUUUCAUUAAAAAUAGUGACAAGUUUGAGAUCUAUUCUGAGUACUGCAACAACCACCCCUUCGCUGUGUCGGAACUCCAAGAACUUUAUCAACAAGAAAAAUACGUCCAUUUCUUCGAGGCAUGCAGACUUCUGCAGGAAAUGAUCGACAUCUCCCUUGACGGCUUCUUGCUCACACCUGUGCAAAAAAUUUGCAAGUAUCCCCUGCAGCUGCAGGAGCUCCUCAAGUAUACAAAACCCGACCACCCCGACCACGACAGCGUACAGGGCGCCUUGAACGCCAUGCGCUCAGCAGCGCUGCUCGUCAACGAGCGCCGCCGUCGCAUGGAGUGCCUUGAAAAAAUAGCGGCCUGGCAGAUGGAACUCGAGGGCUGGGAGGGCGCCGAGUUAUUAGACAGCAGUUCACAGCUGCUCCACCAAGGCGAGGUGGUGAAGGGCGCUGGUGGGGCCUGGCCGAAGGAGGUAACACUUUUCUUAUUCGAUCGUCAACUCGUGUACUGCAAGAAGGACAUCAUCAAGCGCAACACCUACGUCUACCGAGGACGUAUCAACCUAGAUCAAUGCAGCGUUGAGGAUGUCGUUGAUAGCAAAGAUGGCAGCAGGAGUAAUUACGUGCCGAACGCUUGGCGCAUCCGCUGCAGGGACAAGAAUAAGUCCUACGUGUUUGCUUGCAAGACUGCCGAAGAAAAGUCCAAGUGGCUAGAGGCUUUCAGACGAGAGCGGGAACUCGUGGCGGGCGACGAAGAAGCGGGCUUCCUUGUGUCAGACAAGACUCGGGCGCUGGCCAGGGAGGCGGCCAGAACCAGACGCGCACGUCCCAAGAAACCCAGAAGCAGCAAAAUAGUGAGCAAACGAGGCCAGGCCUUGACGCACGCGCAGGCUGAGCUUCUGGUGAACAUUGACCGCGAGCUGCGGAGCAACAGCCUUCCUUCGCACCAGCAGCAGCAGCAACAAGCGCAGCAGCAGCAACAGCAACAACAACAGCUCUGCAACACUGCACCGUUAUCAACAUCUUUGUUGCCAGCUGAUACUUCAGAUAAUAAGAGAAGAGGUUUAUGGUUCAGUUUUGGAGGACAGAAGAAAAGUCGCAGUCAAUCUCGAGGUGGCGACCCGCCUCAAGCGACGCCCGUCUAAGUCAUGUCGUGGUCACCCUGCAAGCCCAAGUUAAAAUCUGGUAGCUUUCCUGCAACAGCUCUCUCAAGUGGCAUUCUUUUGUAAUUCAAGCGUUCAGAGCAUUUCAGAUUUGACAAUUGUUUGAAAAUGUACGCAAGUGACUCGAGGAUUAUCAGGUAACGGGUAUAAAAUUCUCGCUGUCUACAAGAUAGACACGUUUAUGUAAGAAAUUGUCGGAGGGCCUAAAGAUUCAACUUACGCCUUAGGUGAGAACGUUAUUGCGAAUGUUAGAACUGAUUUUUUUUGUAUCAUAAUCAUAAAACUAAUGGGGUGUUUUUUCAUAAACCAAGCACCGACGUUGCAUAGCAAUUUCAUGGGUGAACAAGUUCUCCCUUGAUAAGGCAACAAUAAGUUCUCCAAUGAUCAGUCAGUUUGGCAAGCUGUGUGAUGAGUCCUGGAGUCGCAAAAAAAUCAUCGCGCGAUGAUUUUGUUUUACAUUUCUUGCUUUUGGUGUUCACAUCGUACGUAUUGGACGAAAGCUACAUGCUUAUUAACAUUAGGGAUAACGUCAAGGAAACUGCGUAAGGAAAACUAUUCUGUUAAGUGUUGCAUUAAAAAGCUUUCGUCUGUGUUCUAUGUGAUAUGUUGCUUCGUUGAAAUCUUUAUCUAAAGAGAACGCUAUGAAGCUUUGAAACUGUGACUCUCUGUGUACCGCAUUGUAGGAAAGCUUUUCAUGAGAUUCCCAUACGCGUGAAAAUCGUGUUGGCAACAACAAGCGGAGAGCCAUAUACCAUUUUUGAAGCGCAUUGUUUAUUCCCUAACAAUAAACCCACAAGUAGUCUAGGUGUAGUCGCACUGAGAUUAUCUCAACUUGCUGUCAAAAACUCAGACUAUGAAUUCGCGCGCGAGACAAAUCGCUUAUUUAUUGCAAUUUAUUCGUAGGUGAUGUAUUGCUUGCUAAUGGAAAGUUAGAGGCGUUCUAGUCAUGUUACAACUUACGAUGUGUCUUCACUUCCGUCGUCUACUUUAACGUAUUCUCUUGACCAGCUUUUCGCUGAGUCGUUAUUUGUAUCGUCUCGGUACGGAAGGCGGCGCUCCAUUCCGUUCAUUACAGCUCCUUGGCGCUCUGUACCAUGUGGUUUUAUAUCUAUAGUUUACGUACAAAAUGUGAAAUCUGUAAAUAAAUUAAAUACCGUUUG